AACUAUCGAUAACACUUUUCCCCCACAAAUAUUGCGCUCGCACGUGUUUCAAGUUAUUUAUUUAUAAUUUUUUUUUUGUUAAACGAACGAGUCAUAGAGCGAGAGCAUGGGAAAAUUCCGAUCGAAACUGAAGCGCCAUGGCAAGGGCAAGACAUGGAGCAAGGGCCAGUCGGCCACCUCCAAUCCCGACCAGAUGAAACAUCGCCUUAAAGCCAAGUCGCGCUUCUUUCAGCCAAAUUUGAAUCUUGCUGCUGCCACGCCCACGGGCCUCACCAUGGAGGCGGUGCACAAGCACGAACAGCGCCAGGCCUACAAUGCGGAAACCACAACCGUCAACGAUGUGGCCGGCAGCCUGAAGGACUUCACCCUCGAGGACGAUGACGGCAUGUCCGGCAUGUCGGGCACAGCGCCCACCGGCACCGGCACCUUCAAGACCUUCAAAACCUUCGCCUCCAACUACAGCAGCUGCAGCAACAUGAGCUUCAAGAAGCUCCUAACCGGUUUCCGGGCCUCCUCCGACCUCCACAAGGAAAUGCUGGCCAUCCUCAGCGCCCUCACCGAGAUCAUUCGUGAGAAUGGUGGCGGUGAGACCUCCACGGAGUACUUCCUGCUGCUGAUGGAGCAGAUCGAGGCGGCCACCGAGGAGCGAGACAUCCUGGCCGGCGUGGCGCUACUCUCCAUGGGCAUUAAGUCUGUUCCGGCUCCGGUUCUAAGGAAGCGUUUCGCCGAGACUGCCGCCACAUUACAGACCCUCCUCCAGCGAUUCAUCGACUCCUCGAACCAAUCCGUGAUACGUUAUCUCAUUGGAUGCAUGUCGGUGCUGCUGCGGGCCCAGGACUAUGCCACCUGGACGUACAGCUCCACGUUCCAGUACUUUGACGCCCUGCUGGCCUUCAGCAUCCACUCCAAGCCGAAGAUCCGCAAGGCUGCCCAGCACGCCAUCGUCUCCAGCAUCCAUGGCAGUUGCUUCAUGCUCCCGCCCCCCAAAGCUGACGAGGAUGAGGAUGAGGAGGAGGAGCAGCCGCAGGAGCCGAAGGUCAAACACCACCCGGCCAGCAACCGGGUCACCAAGUUCUGCCUGGCCCAGUUCAAGCCGGAGGUGCUGGCCAACUCCCAGACCACAGUGCUGCACACACUGGCCCUGCUGAAGGACACCCUGUCGGGCUUCAAGACGGAGGACAUACGCAGCGUGUGCGAGCACCUGCUCUCCAUCAUGACGGCCGCCAAUGUCCUGGUGCGGACCAACUGCUUCCAGGCGCUGCACGCCCUCUUCCUCACCAAGAGCCCCAAUCUGAACGCCUCCCUGUGCGCCAAACUCCUGGCCGCCAUCCACGAGUACCGGCCGGAUCGCAGCGAUGUCCGUCAGACGCUCGCCUGGAUCACUGUCCUCAAGGAGGGCCACCUCCACCUGGCCAACCUGCAGCUGGAUCUGUGCAUGCAGGCCCUGCCCCGUCUGGUGGAUGUCUGCACCACCGAUCUGUGGCUCUCGGAGCGCACAGAGCUCGUCGUGGGCGUGUCCAACUGCCUCAAGGAGCUGCUGCAGGACUGUGUGGCCAGGGCCGCAUCCACACCGGAGGAUGCCAAGCGGAAUCGACAGAGUGUGGCCAAGAUAAUAGCAUCCAUCCACAAGGUCCUGAAUGCUCCCUUCGGGGAGAUCUCCAAGUACGUCAUCCUCAUCUUCUCCAUUGUGUUCGAGGCGUGUGGCAAGGAAUUCGGGAAGGAACUCACUCCAUCCCUGCUGACCAUCGCCAAGCGGUAUGACAGCCAGAGCGCCCACCGCCUCCAGAUCGAGCACACCAUCAUCAGCGCCAUCAAGGCUUUGGGUCCGGAGCUCGUCCUCACGGCCAUUCCGCUGGCCGACGGCAAGGGCGGCAUGCAGCUGGAGCGCUCCUGGCUAUUACCACUUCUCCGGGAGGGCGCCAACGGCGCCAGUCUGCAGUUCUUCAAGGAGCGGAUCGUGCCCCUGGCCAUGGACUGCCAGCAGAAGUGGCGUCAGUUCGCCGAUGCCAAGAACACCUCAUCGGCCCACAUCUACGAGCUGCUCUGCUGCCAGCUGUGGGGUCUCUUCCCCGGCUUCUGUCGGCAGCCCCGGGAUCCGGACUACCUGCGCCAGUUGGCACCCACGCUGGGCGCUGCCCUCGAACGGAAUCCCGAGUUCCGGCCCCCGAUCUAUGACGGUCUGGUGGAGCUCCUCGCCGACAACCAGAGUGCGGAGUGCCACGAGGCCAUUGGGCAGUACGCCAAGAACUUCCUGCCCCGUCUCUUCAAUCUCUACACCCAGAAACCCAGUGGCACCUACGAGGCGGACCAGCGGGCCCGCGUCCUCGACGUCAUCCGGCUGUACAUCCUCCGAGCCCCCGCCGAGGUGCAGGCCCAGCUGUUCGAGACCGCCCAGGGCCAGUUGGCGGCCAGUGCCCUGGCCAGCUUCGAGUACGACGCCCUCUUCGACAUCAAUGCGGCCAUCGUGCGGGUCCAGAACUGCAAGGCCAUCCAGGCGUAUGCGGAGAAGUUCAUGGUGCCCGUCCUGAAGAACGAGAAGUCCAAGCUGGUGGCCAAGGACGAGCAGAAGCUGAAGAAGCAGCAGCGCAAGACCUACGAACUCCUCCGGGAACUGAUGACCUCGGAGCAGCCCUCCUGCCAGAAGUUCACCCGCAAGAAUGGCGUCUCCCUGCAGCAGCUCCUCCUGGAGGCCUUCACCACCAGCUGCAGUGUCUGCCAGGCGGCCAGAUUAUACUGCUUGAAAUCCCUGCUGGAGGGCAGGAGCAAUCUCACCUACAACGACCAGCUGGUGAUGAAGACCAUACCCGAGGCGGUGCUCAACUACAAGGAGUUCUCCACCCGCAAGGAGCAGGUGGCCGAGCAGCUCAUCAAGUUCAUCGCCCAACUCUACCAGGAUGCUGGGAAGAUUAAUGAUUUUGUGGACAUCCUGACGGCUGGCUUCACUGGCGAUGAGUCCCUGAUCACGAAUACCAUCCUGGCGUUCCGGGCGGUGCUCCAGCAGCAGGGCCAGCACCUGACAGUGGCCACUUUGGAGUUUGUCCUGCAACAGGUCUCCGUGUUCCUCGUCCAGAAGUCCCGGAACCAAUCGGAGGCAGCUGUGGCCUUCCUGAUUACCUUCAUCAAGGUGAUGCCCAUUCCCCUGGUGGCCAAUCACCUAGAGACCAUAAUGCGCUCCCUGUCCGCCAUGACGAAGGACACGAAGCGCUACUGUCGCAUCCAGAUCGGCUACUUCCUCAAGAAGCUCUGCAAGCGCUUCACCACCGAGGAGCUGGCCCGCUUCGUUCCCGGCGACGACGAGGUCACCCACCGGCGGCUAAAGAAGAUCCGGAAGCAGAUGCGCCGGGACACGCGCAAGAAGCAGAACGAGGAGGCCCAGGCGGACAGUUCCGAUGAGGAGCUAGUCGGCGGACUGGAACAGAAGAGCUACACAAUUGAUGAUAUUCUGGCGGAUUCCGACUCGGACCUGCCCGAGGACAUGGAUGCCGAGGAGGAGAGCGAAGCGGCCGGCAAGAAACGGAACAAGACCAAACAGAAGAGCACCUACAUACGCGAGGAUCCGGACGAGAUAGUCGACCUGGCGGAUCUCAAGUCGAUUGGCAAUGUGCUGACCAGUGGCUCUGCCCAGUCCCAGGCGGCCACCAUCAAGAGCCUGAAGGCCAAGCCCCAGCUGCCGAAUGGUGGCUUCAAGACCGCCGACGACGGCCGUCUCAUCAUCAGCGACAAGGCGCUGCGCGGCCAGGGCGGCCAGGACUCCACCUUCUCCGAUUCAGAUGCCUCCAUGGACGAGGAUGGCGCCGACAAGGAGCCCAAGGCCAAGCGCGGCAUGGAGGAGGACUCCAGCGACGAGGAGGAAGUCCAGAAACAGCAAUCUGUGGGAGGGAAACGGAAACGAAAGGCCACCGAUGCCAUGAGUAUGCGUUCCGGGAAGACAACGGCCAGCAGUCGGUACACGGCCGGCGGCAAGGGCAUCCACAGGCAGCUGGGCGCCGGCGGAGGAGCUAGCGAUGCCAUGUCGGUCAAGUCUGGCAAGUCCGCAGCCCACAGACCGGCGGGCAGCGAGUACGGAAGCAAAAAGGCCAAGGGUGAUAUGAAGAAGCGGGGCCAACUGGAUCCCUACGCCUAUAUUCCACUCUCCAGGAACAAUCUCAACAAGAGGAAACGUUCCAUGAACUCCCGGAAGUUCAAGAGUGUUCUGCGAGGAGCUGGAGCCGAGAUUGGAGGAGGAGGAGGAGGAGGCAAGUCGGGAGGCGGUCGGGUGGGCAAGAAGUACAAGUAGUUACCUCCCCCCCCCUCCCUGGAGGCCAGAUCCCAACCCGGAUCAUAAAGAUAUAUAAGCAAACUGUAAUAAGAGUUGGUUACUUUGUUUAAAAAAAAAACUU